AUGAAAGUAAGAAAUAGUGAAUUUCUUAAUUGUUUAGGUUUUCUCCUUCUUUUUAUAAUUUCAACUUAUUGUUCUUUAAUUCCAAAUGAUUGGGUUAAUACCGAUGAUCCUAAAGACUUUGGCUUAUUAGAAGGAAUUACAUAUAACAUUGUACAUUUUGUAUCAGAAAAGAAUUUAGUUAGUGUUGGUGAUCAUGUUCAAGUUGGUGUAUCUGAUGAUAAUAAUUCAUAUCAACAUUGGUCAUUACGAAAGGUUGAAGGUAAAAAUAAUCAUGUUUAUAAUAUCAUAAAUAUAGGAUCAGGUACAAAUUUAGAUAAUAACGGUAAAGGAGUAUAUGUUAGUAGUCUUGAUCAUGAUUCUAAUACUAAUCCUUAUCAACAUUGGAUAUUUAUGAAAAUCAAAAAUAAUACAUAUAAUAUUGCUAAUGUAAGAAAUGAAUCUCGAAGUUUAGAUGGUAGUAUAGAUAGUAAUGGAAAAUUAGUUUAUAUUAGCAUUUCUAAUAAAAAUAAUUCUUAUCAACAGUGGUUAUUUAAACCCACCAAUUAUAAAUUAAUUACAAAAGUAGUAGAUUUUAAUUUAGAUGUUAACUAUGGUCAAAUGUUGACUAGUAACGCUACCCUUUUAAGAGGUAAUAAUAGAAUUGAGAAUCCAACAAAUGCUAUUAUAGAACAAAUAAUUGAUAGAACAGAAGAAAAAUCAAAUGUCUUUACUUUGCAAAUCAGAAAAGCUGAUUCAUUUGAAGUUGGCAAACAUGUAGAUAUGACUUUUGAAAUUGGUAUAAAUAUUUUCAACUUAAUAAAUGUGAAAGUAGGAAAUAAUAUAGGUAUUGAAGGAAAAUUUAGUUCAACGGAAGGGGAAACAAACAGUGAAACUGUAUUAGAUACAGUUUCAUAUCAUAUUCAACAAAAAGUUAUCGUCCCAUUUCACACUUCAGUAAUAGUAACUACAAUUGUAGAUAAGGUUAAUAUUUUGACACCUUUUACAGCAAGAAUUCGAAUUACUGGUAAAGCAGAUAGAUUGAGUAAAAGUGGAACAGUUGUUAAAAAGGCGAAUAUUGAUAAUAAUGCAAUAUUAUAUUAUCUUCAAAGAAAAAAUGCUAAAGAUUUAUUUUUGGAUAAAGAUUUUUAUUAUAUUAAAACGAAUGGUACUUUGGGAAUAGAUGGUUAUGGAUUUGGUUCAGUAAUUAAAACCAAAUCUAUUUCAGGGUCCACUCGAAAAAAACCAAUUAUACUUUAUCAAAUUUUAUUUAUUAUACUACAAUUUAUUUAUGUAGUCAGUACUUAUUGA